AUGCUGGAAAUAACAAUUAAACCCAUAACAACUUACGCCAAUGUUUAUGUUGCAACAAAUUUAAUUACAUCGAUUCUCUUAGGCAACAAUUGGAUCAACACAAAUCAUAUUCAUCUUUUCGGCGACCAACAACAGCUAACUAUUCCUGAUCAAUAUGGACAACACAUUACAAUUUCAUACGUGGAACCACCAUUUAUUAAUCAACCGGCAUUAUUAGUAAAUCAAAUUACGCUUCCUCCGUAUUCACAAACAUUAGUUGAUAUCACUUGUCGAAUUUACAAUGAUAAUGAUUUAAUUUUCGAGCCACAACCAAACCAUUUAUCAAACUGUAUCCUUAUACCACAUACAUUGUUGAACAUUCGAAAUCAUGAAGCAAAAGUAUUAAUGAUUAGUGCAAACGAUCGACCGCAAACGCUAUCAAAGAAUACACUAAUCGGAACACUCUCUCGUCAUUCAACUUAUUCGAUAUAUACAACCAUACAACAUACUAUGACCACCAACACUCAACAACGAUUCAAUCAAGUUCACAAUAAAAAUAAUAAUAGAAUCAUCUCAAAUAAAAAAGAUGAUCUGAUUCAGUCGAAUAGAAAAAAUAUAUGUGAUAGAUGCAAUGAAUAUUUUUUAUCUGGUAAUGACUUACAAAAACAUUUACGAACAGCAUGUUAUUCGGAUCAGAUUCGAAAGCACAUAGUCGAAUCGACAAACCACAUUGACAACGAAAAGCACCGAUUAGCAAUUCAAGACAUACUAUGGCGAAAUAAAAUUCUAUUUGAUCCUACACCAUCAAUUAUUAAUAUUCCACCUCAAACAGCAAUUAAAACUGGUGAUCAUCCACCUAUUUAUUCGAAACAAUAUUCUUCUUCAUAUGAAGACCAGGAAAUCAAAGUUCAAGAAACACAAAAAUUAUUAGAACGUGGUCAAAUCGAAGAAUCAACAUCUCCAUGGUCAUCACCUAUCGUUUUAGUGAAGAAUAAAGACAAAACAAUGAGAUUUUGUAUUGAUUACCGACGUUUAAAUGCUAUUACCAUUAAAAAUGCAUUUCCAUUACCUCGUAUCGAAGAAAUAUUUGAUCAAUUAUCUGAUGCCGUAUAUUAUACAAAAUUCGAUUUCAAAUCUGGUUAUUUCCAGGUACCUCUAUCAAAAGAGGACCGUGCAAAAACUGCAUUUUCUACUCGCGACAAUCAUUAUCAAUUUACAGUUCUUCCACAAGGAAUCACCAAUGGACCCGCCACAUUUCAACGCUUGAUUAAUCAUAUAUUAGGACCCGCAGGGUGGAAAUACGCAUUAGCAUAUAUCGAUGAUGUUAUUAUUUAUUCGAAAACAUUUGAAGAACAUUUAGCACAUCUUAAUGAAAUUUGUGGAAUAUUAAAAAAUGCUCGAUUUCGUCUUAAUCCAGAAAAAUGUGAAAUUGCUCGAACACAAACAGAUUAUCUUGGACAUCAAAUUAGCAAUGGCGAAAUUCGUCCAAGUUCGUACAAUAUUAGUGGUCUAUUAAAUACAAAAGUACCACAAACUCCAGAUGAAGCAUGCAAAUUUGUGAAAGCAGCUGAAUAUUAUAGAAAAUUUAUACCGAAUUUCUCUCAAAUCGCUGAGCCACUUCGAAAAUUCAUCCCAACUACAAGAACUCAACAAAAGAAAGGACAAAAAACAAUGAUUACAUUAACACAGGAUGAAAUUAACGCAUUCGACCAACUCAAACAUCAUCUAACAACUGAUUUAGUAUUACGAUUACCAAACAUUAGAUUCCCUUUCAAAGUUCAAACAGAUGCUUUGCAUGAGGGAAUCGGUGCUGUUCUAUUACAAAUUUACCCUGAUGGCGAUAGACCAAUUGCUUAUUUAUCGAAGAAAUUUACUCAAGCACAACGGAAAUGGUCUCCUAUGGAACAAGAAUGUUAUGCAUUUAUCUGUGCAUUAGACAAAUGGCAUAAUUAUUUAAGUGGAAUUAAAUUUACAUGGGAAACUGAUCAUAAAGCAUUAACACAAUUAAAUCAAAAAGCUCAAAUUAAUAAACGAUGUGAACGCUGGAGAUUAAAAAUUUUAGAAUAUGAUUUUAAGGCCAAAUAUAUUCCUGGUUUAACCAAUUCGAUGCCUGAUUAUUUAUCACGUUCUCCAGUCGAUGAUGCUGAAGAAGACCCUGAUGAAAUUUCAAUUCUUAUUUCAAAAGCGACACAAACAGAUUUCGAUAAUAUUCCCAAUCAUUUACAUGUUGUUACAGCUGUUGAAACUCGUGCUAUGAAAUUACGGAACGCAAAAUUACCUAAUACAAAUAACACGGAACAAUUAAAAUCUGAUUCUCUAGAUACUUCACUUAAAGAGAAUCGAAUUAUUCCAUUUACAAAUGAACAAUUAAAAGAAGCUCAACAACAGGAUAAUUAUGCAAAUAAAAUUUUAAACAGUAUAAAGAAACGAAAAAAUUAUCUAAUAAAAAAUGAUCUUUUAAUGCAUAAUCCAAAGCAUCCAGUUCCAUAUGUACCACAAGGUGAUUUACGACGAACAAUUUUACACAUAUAUCAUGAUACUGCAGCCAAUGGUGCACAUUUUGGCAGAAACAAAACAAUACAUAAAAUUCAGCAACGUUAUUUUUGGCCAUCACUGUACAAGGAUAUUACUAAUCACAUUAAAUCAUGCAUACCAUGUGCACAAUUUAAUCCUCGUCGACAAAAGACUCCUGGAAUUUUAAAACCGAUAAAUCCUCCAGAAGGAGUAUGGCAAUUAGUUUCGAUAGAUUUCCAUGGACCUAUUACACCAGCAUCGCAACGUGGAAAUAAAUAUAUUAUUUGCCUUACCGAUGUAUUAUCAAAAUUCGUUAUCACCAAAGCUGUACGAGACAAUACCACUCACACAGCUGUUCGAUUCCUUAAAGAAGAUGUCAUCUCAAAAUUUGGUACGCCUCGUUGUAUCCUGACCGACAAUGGAACUCAUUUUACUUCGGCAAUGAUGGACGAAUUAUGUAAACAAAUUGGUAUCACCCACCUGUAUUCAACACCGUAUCAUCCACAAACAAAUGGUCAAGUCGAACGAUAUAACUCAACGAUGGACGCCAAAAUCGGUGCUUUAUCAAACCUACGGAAGAUAGAUUGGGAUGAUCAACUGCCAUUCGUUACAUAUAAUUAUAAUGCAUCGAUCCACUCAACUACAAGGCAGCUACCAUUCGAAAUGAUGUACGGACGAUUACCAAUAUUACCAUUUGAUCAUCAAGAUGACAACGUUACAUUAUCAUAUGAUUCAACACACAUUAAUAAACUCCAUCAAUUCUUAUCGAAAUUAAAUGAACAAGCCAAAAUUAAUAUUAUUAGAAACCAAGAACGAUACAAACAACGCUAUGAUAUAAAUCGUGCUGAUCCAUCGUACAACAUUGGUGAUUUAGUUCUUGUUAAAACACUUAAUAUUCGUCACAAAUUUGAUAUUCGUUAUGAAGGACCAUUCAGAAUUAUCAAACAACUCACACAAAAAACAUUUAUUAUCCAACACGUCAAGAAAUCAACAUUACAUCGUCAAGUUACGACAGACGUGUUACUACCAAUAUUCGAACGAAUUUAUUAG